GUAUGACGUCAGCGCGUCGUCCGGCCCAAUGUUUACAUCGUGGAGCGGUGUCCCUGAUCCCGACGAAAAUUUAAAGAACAAUACUGACGACUAACCAAACCGAUCGGCAUCACCAUAAGGCGAGAUGGGCGGAGCAGUGAGCGCCGGAGAGGACAACGACGAGUUGAUUGACAACCUGAAGGAGGCCUACUACAUCCGCUCGUGCCUGGUGGAGCGGGCCUUCCGAGCCAUUGACCGCGCCGACUACUACCUUGAUGAGUACCGGGAGAACGCAUACAAGGAUCUAGCGUGGCGGCACGGGAACAUCCACCUGUCGGCUCCAUGCAUCUACUCGGAGGUGAUGGAGGCCCUGGAUCUGUACCCUGGGCUCUCCUUCCUCAACUUGGGCAGUGGGACGGGCUACCUCAGCACCAUGGUGGGCCUGAUACUGGGGCCAUUCGGGGUCAACCACGGGGUGGAGCUCCACGCUGACGUGAUCGAGUACGCCUACCAGAAGCUGGACAACUUCAUCAAAACCAGCGACAGCUUCGACAAGUUUGAGUUCUGCGAGCCGUGCUUCGUGGCGGGGAACUGCCUGGAGAUCCCCCCCCACAGCCGUCAGUACGACCGGGUGUACUGCGGGGCGGGGGUGCAGAAGGAGUACGAGAGCUACAUGAAGAAUGUGCUCAAGGUGGGGGGGGUCCUGGUGCUGCCUCUGGAGGAGAAGCUGACCAAGAUCACCCGGACGGGCCCCAACAGCUGGGAGACCAAGAAGAUCAUCUCGGUGUCCUUCGCUCCUCUGGUCCUUCCCAAAUACAACAACAACGGCAAGCCCAAGGCCGUGCCCUUACCCGUGCUGGAGGUCCGCUCCCUGCAGGAGCUGGCCCGCAUCUCCAUCCGCCACGCCCUCCGCGUGACCCGGGACGGGCGGGGGGCGGGGGGGGGGCCGGCGCGCGGCCGCGGCUCCUCCUUCAGCGUGGGCCGGGGCCUGGCGGUGGCCGGACUCCACAAGUACGGGCCCCGCUUCAAGCGGCGCCGCGUCCACCGCCGCCACAGCAACAGCCUGGCGCCCGGCGGGCGGGCGGCGGCGCAGUCGGGCUCCGCCCCCCCCGACGGCAACAACAACAACGCCCACCACCGCCGAGCCAGGGAGCGAGGGGCCACGGAGGAGGAGGAGGACGACGACGACCGGGAGGCCCGGCGGCGCCGGAGGGGGGGCCGCAGGGUGCUGAGGGGCGCGCCGGAGGAACCCGAGGCGGCCGAGGAGCCGGCCGAGGACGGGGACGAGCCGAGGGCCCGGGGGGAGACCCUACGGGCCGAGCCCGCCGUCAACGUGCUGAGGGAAAGGAUUCUGGGGCUGCCCCUGCCCGAGCCGCUCAAGAUGUAUCUGCUGUACUACCGGGAGAAGUGAGGCCAGGCGCUCAGGGCACGCACACAGCUAGGGCUCCACUCAGAGGGGGGGGGGGGGGGGGGGGCUGAGUGAUCCCACCCUCUCCCACUACAACCUGAACUAGGCAGGACUCUCUGAGCUGCUCUGAGUCGCUCCAAACACUCUUCCUCUGCAUCGGCCGUCUUCUCCCAUUCAUCGCCACCUUGUUCAAGUGCUUCUUCAUCUCAGUGGCCCCCCCCCAGAGACUCUUUCAGCCGAUGCUAGGUGGUACCCAAGCUUGCUAUGCAUGAUGAACAUUUCUGACGAUCAUUUCCUUUCAGAAAUCCGGGAAAGAUUUCUAAGUCGUAGCUUUUUUUUAAGAACAGCGCCAGAAACCCAAUGUAUGAAUAAAGCACAUUCAGUCAUUCUCCUCACAGGGAGUACCCCUCUCGGUGUUCCACCAAGGUGUCUGAUCUGCUAUUUAAUGCAUCGAUGCAUGGCAUGCACACCAUACCCAACGUUAACUACGAGCAAAUCAAUGGGGUCCACAGGUCAUGUGAGGGGAGCUCAGGGCUGCUUGCUACGGUUAGGUUGUUACAGGUUGGGCCUCCUGCUUCCUGACCAUGGCUGAGGGGGAGAGAUGGGACCAAGAAGCCAAAUUGAUUUGGCCUCUGACCCUGAUGUGUUUCUAUCAGAAUGCCGGGGUUCAGGAGUGUUUGAGAGAAGAACAAAGCAUCUUGGUUUCGGUCUUGUGAGCAACUUGUUGCAGAAGAACUUGAUUGCCAUGACAGGGGACGAGUCUAAGACUGAGUAAUUCUUCUCCGUAAUACCAGACUUGAAGCCAGAAGUGAUUUGUUAAGAUUAUGUUUGGUUUUAGGGAUGGAAAUCUAAAUAGAUCACACCCCAACUGUUUAAGAGAAUUAGUCAACAGAGCAUUUUUCGUAGUGUUGUCGUGUCCCUCUGAAGGAAAUGAACAUUUUUACGGCA